CGUGGCUUGAAGAAAGGGGUCAAGGAAGGAUGUAAAAGGCUGUGAGGGGGGAGAUUUUUGGCAGAUUUUUGGAGACACACUUCUGAUCAACACCAGCCUUUUUCUCUGAGUACCAACCCAUUCCAACAGUGAGACCAAACAAAGAUGCAGGUCUUGGCAGCGUUGUGCUUCCUUGUCUUGGCACACCUGCCCCCCCUGAGGGGGGAGGUAGUUAUAAGCUUCCAGGACGUCCCGAAGUGCCUAGACUUCUUCUACAAGCGCACGGUGCCCAAGUGGAACAUGGCUAAUCCUAAGAAUCCUAGCACCGUCUGUUUGUGUCAGCGCUUCAACAACAGCUACCACUUCGCCACGCUGUACAACAAGGAGCACCGCAUCCCCGUCUACUCCGCCUACGUCUUUCAGACCAGCGACGACGGCGGUCGCCAGGAUAACUGGUAUAUAGAGCCACAGCUUGUGGACAGCAGCUGGACUAAAGACAUGGAGGUCCAGGAGAUCCUCAACAAAACAAUCAAAUACAAGGGGGUGGUGCUGAAGUUCGGUGAACGGCAGGCUCUCGAUGAGGACUACAGAGGGUCUAUGUAUGACCGUGGGCACCUCAAUCCAAAUGGACACCACACAGGGGAAAGCCGUCAGGCCACGUUCACACUCACCAACGUGGUGCCACAGAACCGCACGCUGAACCAUGGUAACUGGAGCAAGUAUGAGACGGAUCUGCAAGAAGAGCUCAAAAAGUGCUGGCGGGCCUACGUGCUGGUGGGCGCCAUCCCUUCCAAAAACAACUCGAUCAACAAUCGGGUCAACGUCCCCGACUACAUCUGGAACGCCUACUGCUGCCUGGACAACAACGGCCGGCCCACCAGCAGCGGGGGGGCCAUAGCUCGCAACACUGAGAACGAAGUUGUCAGGCACACUCUCUCAAAGCUGGAAAUGCUCCUGAGACAGUACACCAAAUCAAAAGUGUUGGUGCUCUUUCGCGACAAGUGUGAAGCUUAGAGGAGU